AUGUAUGUGCAAAUAUUGCCUGAAGAGAAUAGGUGGGUGGGUGUGUAUAGGCUCACUUGUGAACAUGUUCUGAGAGUGCUCAAGUCAGGACAGGAGACCCUCCUAACCCUGUUGGAGGCAUUCGUCUAUGAUCCAUUGAUAGAUUGGACACCGCUUAACGAAGGAGGUUAUACGGGUGAAUUCAACUGUGAUAUUAUUUGCCUUAAAGGUGCGGUGUAUGGCGGAGGCAGGGAGCUUGCCUCGGAAACAAAACAAAGCAAAAAAGAUUUGGAGAGGGAAGUGACCUGUUGCAUGUUCAAGGUUAGGAUGGUUGAAGUCCAACAGCAAUGGCUUGAGAACAAAAAAAUUUUAUUAAAAGAACUCGAAGAAUUGUUGAAAAUGAUAGAAGGGUGGCAGAAAGAGAAAAUAAAGCAGAAGACAAUCCAACAGAAUCUUCAAGAAAGACAUAGCCAGCUUUCUUUGCUAAAGGAGACGGAAGGUCAACCUAACCACACCCUGUUUACGCUUGGAUUUAGAUAUUCCAAGCAUAUCCAAGUGCUAACUGCCAAACAGGCCGUGACCACUGCUCUUCAAGCUCGUAUUCAAGAAUGUGAUGACCAAAUAAGCAAUUUUCAGGCUGUGAUGGUUGCAUUGAAGAGCCCUGAUAUGGCCAAGUGGAUCCGUGAGGUUGGGCUGAGACCGAAGGAAGAUGUCUGUCAGGUGUUCGAUCUUAUCAAGGAGUUCCUGCAGAAUGCUGGACAGAAUCAAAUGGUUCAACAGUGUGUGCAGUCCGAGAGGGAAGUGGGUGAGCUUUGCUGCCAACAGACCCAGAUGACAUCUGCGCUCCUCGACAUGCUGCGGCAAUACUGGGAGAUCUGCAGGCAGUACCCUGCCUCCUCGUUGGCAUCCCAUCGCUCCUCGCUUUAUAAGAAAUGGUGUCAGGAGCUCUUGGAGGAUAUGUCUCCAACCAAAUGUCAACAGCUGAUUGAACAGAUCAGGCAGUCAGUGGCGACAACAGAUGAGACUAUGAGGGAGGCUGCAAUGUUCUCAGCAGGCUUACACAGGCACUAUGGCGAGGCAGAGGCAGCUCUGAGGCGAGCCUCUGACAGAGCAAAAACACUUCCUCCACACCCUGGCUAUGAUCUCGAGACAACAAGGCUUGAUUCUCAGGCUGUCGAGGCAGUCAUCCUCACAGCCCUCUGCGCUCUUAACAAGAGGUUUCUUAUGAUGGAGUCUGCUGCAACUAGUGCUGGGGAUUGUCUGCUUAACUUAACAUCCCGAGAAGGGGACUGGUUCCUGGAGGACAUGGUUCUGAUAGCCAGCACGGCUCUCAACCUGGUGCCCCUCAUCCCGAGUCUCUCUCAGGAAGGUUUAGAUUCCAACAUCUCGACUGCCAUCAAGUGUCUGCAGGCAUCUUUUGCCCAAUACAGCACGCUACAGGAAGUUGACACUAAUUUCACCAAUAUCAUUUUGGUGGAGGCAAUGCAAGGUCUGCAGUGUGAGGAGCCUUCGGUGCUGAACAUGGUUGAGCGACUGGAGUCAGUUGUGACCAGCGUUGCCCAACCUCUCUCGGAACUCUCCAACCAGUUGCACCGCCAUCUUCGAUUCAUCAUUAUGGGAAUGGAGUCGCCGCAUGAAACGUGCCUGGCAACAGUGAUGACUCUUCAGUCCCAGUUCAUCAAGCUGCUGGAGCCUGCAGAUCAGUCGCAGUUGACUCAAGGUGAGAUGCUGCUGAUGGGAUUUGAUGGACUGUUCACAAAUGUCAACCGCGGCAGGGAUACACUCCUCCAGAGCUUGGCUUCUCUCCAGAGUCCCUCUGCUUGGAGGAUCAUUGAUCAGAUUAGGGAAGCCAAAACAUAUUACACAGCACCAAUAUGCAUCGACAAAACAAAAGAUGUACUGGAGGCCAUGUUCUUUGUGAAGCGCCUUGAUACAAUAACUGAAGUACUUAGGAUGGUCGCAUCGGACGCACGUGGAUUCCGAGCUGAACCGGGUGCGCCUCCAGUGCCACAUGAUCCCGAAUCUCUUUCGAAGCCUGUGCGCAGGUACAUCGCUGAUUAUAUCAGUUAUCAACUCCUUGGAAUAUUCUCACUGUCGAUGGCCACAACCAUUUGUCUUCUGCUUCAGGCAAACGGAUUGGAUGUUACAGGUGCUGUUGAACAGAAAGACAUCGGAGCUCAAAGCAGAGUUCCUUUGGAAGACUUAUGCAAGAAGAUGGUAGAGCAGUUGAGCCGGAGCUCAGUGCGAGAGGCGAGUGGCUUGGUGAGCCAACGGGAAGCCGCUUGGAGACAGGGCCACCUGAAGUCUCGCUUGGAGCGCGAGCUGGUCUCCGCUGAAGGAGCCCUGUACCGUGCCCAGUGGAGGCUUACUGCUCACCACUGGCUACAUGAGCACAUACUAGUCAGCUCUCCUCAACCUCCAAUCAACAGGAGUGCAUUCAUGCAUGAGCUUCGUAAGGUUGCAGGAGGACUGCAGGUGCUGCAGCCGAAGCUGAAGGAAGCCUUUGACCAGCAAAAUACUCUAAUAGCCAGCGCCGAGCAGAGGCUGAAGUGGGCAGCCGGGGCCAAUCCUGCUCUUUCUGAGGUCAUGAGCGCCUUUGAGAGCUGUGUCAGAUUGCAGCGUGAUCGAGUGGACAAGGAGAGGAACUUGGCUCAGCAGAUAAUAUCGAUGGCAAACACCGUCCUGUUUAACGAAGCUUUGCGUAUACCCACACAGGAGGCUAUCCUUGGUGAUAAUACUAUGAUGAGGUUAGUUGAGGAUUGUGAAAAGGCGUAUAUGCUGAUUCAGAAUACUACAGUUGUAUUGACUUCGCCUGAAGAAGGGCUAGUAUCCUUACUUCCGCCAAAGAAGAGGAUUGAUUCUGACUGGAUCGCCAAAGCUGAAGAGAAGAUUUCUGAGUCCAUUGUGUCAUUAAAAAGUGAACUGGAGCCAAUGCAAUUGCGGCUGACUGGAUCUGAAGAUUGUGUGAAGAACAGGGCUACAAUAAUAAGAAGCGUUCUAGCCAAACAUCAUCGGAUAAUUGCUGAUAUUAAAACUCUCUUAAAAUCUAUGAUUAAGUAUGAAGAUGCAGGUCUCUCUGGAUUGGAAGAAUAUUUGACUAAGCACAAGCAUUAUACAGAAAAGUUGGGAUCGCUGACUAAAUCGUUGAGUAGCAAUAACAUCCCCAUUGAUUCAGCAGCAAUAGCAGAAAUAGCCAAUGAGAUUAGGGCUAUUGCUUCUAAGACUGAUGGUAUUUACUCAGAGUUGCUGCAAUUCAGUGUAAGUGACUGCCCUGUUCGACGACCUCAGGGCCUCCGGGUUCAGGAGGAUCCACUAAACAAACAGAAAAAAGGUCCUCCAGGAUCCCAAGAACGGAAUGCUUAUGCUAUGAGUGUCUGGCGAAGGGUGAAAUAUAAACUGGAAGGAAGGGAUCCUGACCCUAAUAUUCGAUCUACAGAAAAACAACAGGUGGACUGGACCAUAACGGAAGCAACAAAUGUGGACAACCUGGCCUUGCUUUACGAGGGCUGGACACCAUGGGUGUGA